GCCAAGGUCUGGAGUUUGAGCCUUUGGCCCUGGACUUUGAUGAGAAUUUUCAGCUGGUAGGAUCCGGUGAGAUCGAUUUUAUAUACAGCAAUCCUGCGGCCUACACCUGCAUGGCGGUGGAAUUUGGCGUACAGACGGUUGCAUCCCUCAUCAACUUCCGCAAGGGCAAUGCCCUGGGCAAGUUUGCAGGCGUGAUCUUUACACGCUGGGACUCUCCCUUCCAGACUGUGGAGGAGCUGAGGCAGGCCAGGAUUGAGGCCGUGAGCCUUUCCGGCUUGGGCGCCAUGCAGCUUCAGCAAGCAGAGCUACUGGAGCAAGGUCUGGACAUCAUGACUGACGUGCCGCGAAUCACGUUUGCCUUCAAUCAGAACAAGAUUGUGCAGGACGUCCAGAAUGGGGACGCCGAUGUGGGCUUUGUCCGGACGGAUUUGAUCGACAGGAACGUGCAUAAUAAUCUGACCAGAUGGGAGUAUUUCAAAGUAAUUGGCGAGAAGACGGAUGGCUCGAGCUUCCCCUUCGCUCGCUCAACUGAUUUUACUCCUGAGUGGCCCAUUGGAGCACUCACACAUGUUCCAGAUGAGAUCAGAGAGCAGGUUGGCAGAGCGUUGAUGUCCUUAGAUCGCUUCUCCUCGGAUCCGGCUCUGUCUGAGCCCGCUCUCCAGGGGAACUUUGCAAGCUGGACCUCGCCGAACAACUACUUCGGCCUGCUGGAGAUAUUGCAAAGGGUGCGGUAUUUUGACCCAAACCAGGGCAAGUGCUUGAGGAGCUCCGACGAGUAUACCGCCAUCUAUUGCCCUCCUGGCUAUGUCAAGAAAGCGCGGGACCAGGUGUUUUGCCCAGACUGCAAGGAGGGCUACUCGUGCCUGUGCUCUCCCUGUGCCAAGCUCAGGGAUCCUGAGUUUGUGCUCCAAGCCGAGCUGCUCAGCACGAGCUGGAAGGGCAACGUUGACGUUGAGAAAUUGGAGAACAGAACAUUUCUCGCAGAUAGCUGCCAGCGCAUGGCAACGUGUGUCCGUGUGAUUGCUGGCCAAAAGCUGAAGCUCGUUCUGCUGGACCAGAUCGGCGCCGACUCACGGGCCAAGAUCAAUGCGCCGCUUGUGGACACCGUGCGUUUCAGAAUGACCAACACGGAGCUGCCGAAGGAUGCAACUGUGCAGACUGCGUUUGUUGAGGGCCUCAGCACAGAGCAGUACAUCUUUGACACCGUGGUUCAGGGCAGCGGCACUCAAGUCAUCCAAAUCGACAUCAAUGGAGCUCCCGCUGCUAUGUCGCCGGUGAUCUUUGAGGUUGAGGAUCCGCCUCUUCAAGAGAUAUCUUGUCCCGUUGGUCACGAGGCCAGUGAGGAGGGCGCAUGUAUUGUGUGCCCUCCUGGCACUGUGUCUCUUGGCGGCACGGCGAAAUGCCGUCCCUGCGACCCGGGAACGAUGCAAGCAAUGGCCGGCCAAGGCAACUGUGAGGCCUGCAGCGUGGGGGAGUUUCAGCCCUCCAGCAACGCGGUGGGCUGCCUGCCCUGCGCCCGCGGCACCUCUAGCCGUGGCAAGACAGGAUCCCGUGACUGCAGUCCCUGCGAGCCGGGACAAGAGGCACCCUUCAACGGCAGUGAUCGGUGCACAGCCUGCAAGCGCGGCUUCUACAGCGAAGUGGAGGGUAGUGCCACUUGCGUUCCUUGCAGCGGCGGCAAAGGGACGACGGACCAAGGCUCCACCAGUCCUAGCAUGUGUGUUUGUUUGGCCGAGCGACGACCUGUAAGAGAUGCUGCGGGCUUUGAGAGCUGCGUGGACUGCGGCAACGGACUGAGCUGUCCGGGGCAGAGUCAGAGCUAUCAGAAGGAAGGGUUUUGGGUGGACGUUAUGGAUGAGCAGCGCAUGACGUUGGGGGUCUACCGGUGCCGGAACGACCUCGAGUGCCCCGAGGGGCCGCUGGGGACAUGCGCGCCGGGCCGCGAGGGCCGUGCCUGUAACAACUGCAUGCCCUGGCACCGCAAGGGCAACAAGGGUGCGUGUCAUCCCUGCGAAGGUUUGGAUAUACUACCUUUGGUGUGGGUGUCCCUGGGCAUGUUCGUGCUCAGCUGCCUUGCCUUUUUUUUCAUCCAGACCAACCUGGCCCGGUUGCGCUUAGGGCAGGUCACAGUGUUCCUCACCGCUGGGCAGGUCAUCAUGCUAAUGCAGUUGAUGGCCGCUGUGAAGAACCUGAACCUGGCAUGGACAGGCCCAGCCAUCGCUGUGGUUGAAGCCUUGUCCUUCCUGGCCUUCGACAUCAACUUCAUGAAUCUGGGCUGCGUGGUGUCCGCGGAUGGUGCUGUCCUGACCUUCGCUUGGCAGCUCAUGGCGUUCCCCGUCUUCUCUGUCUCCAUGUGCACGGUGUGGUGGUUGCUGGGGAAGGGUGGCAGAAGGCCCCUCAGGUUGGCAGACGCAUUCAACGUGAAUGGAUUGAUCCUGAUGACUCUGUUUGUGACCUUGACCAUUGUGUCCCUGCUGCCUUGGCAGUGCAUUUCCAACCCCAACGGCACCUUCAGCAUGCAGACGCAGCCCGGGGUGAUUUGCUUCCAAAGCGAUGAGCACUUUCUUCUCCUGAUCAUGUCCGCAGUGGGCAUUAUGAUGUACCCGGUACCAAUGCUGGCAGUGGCAAUCCACGCGACUGUGAUGUACCCGUCCUAUGUGUCCUCAGGAAAAGGCCUGCUGGUGGUGAAUCGGUACCGCUUCAUCUUCGAGCGCUUCCGUGCGAAGCGCUAUUUCUUCGGCGUGCUAUAUUUGUUCAGGAACACAUUUUUGGCGGUAAUCCCUGUCGCGCUAGCGAGCUACCCCAGCCUUCAGAUUUGUUCCUUGGCUUCGGUGAUGCUGGUGGGCAUGAUUGUGCAGGUGAAAUGCUGGCCCUGGCGCACGGAGGUGGCCAACUACACUGACAUGCUCUUCUCUUGCGCCGUGAUGCUGUUCUUGGUGUUCGCUGGCCCUGUCCUUGACUUUGAGACAGACGAGGACAAGGGCGCCUAUGCGAACUUCCUCUCGUGGUCUUUUGUCAUUGUCCUCGGCUUUGCCCUGGUGACAGCGACCACCGUGGCCUUCGUGUAUGUGACUAGACGGCUAAAUCCCAAGAAGGCGUACCGCAUUUUCCUAUCGCACCACAAAAGUGCUGCUGGCAGCCUUGCCCGCUUCAUCAAAUGCAUCAUGAACAAGCAUUCGCCCGACAAGGUGUUCUUGGAUUCGGAUGAGCUUCAGGAUUUGGACUCCUUGUUUGAGUGCGUUCGCAGCAGCGUCUCAUGGGUGGUGGUGCUGAUCACCCCGGCCGUCGCCACCCGGCCAUGGUGCAUCGGAGAGUUGUGCACGGCCUAUGUCAACAAUGUGCAGAUUUGCUGUGUUGCGUGCGACGGGGCCUGUCUUCUCCGCUCGCAUCGCGCGCAAGCGAUGGUGAAUGCAUGGACUUCAGACCAGUUCCAACCUCUCCUGGCCGCAGGCAUCAAUGAGCAGGUAAUCGAGUCGACGCUGGCUCAUUUGAACUCCUUGCGGCACAUUCCGUUCACUCGGCUUUCGAGUAUGGAGAAUCAGGAGACUAGCAUUCUGGACAUCAUGAAGUGCUGCGAGAUGAAGCGCCGGCACUUCGUGGAGUCUGGCACAUCAUCACAAACUGCGCGCGUCAUUAUUCUGACGCACACCCAGGCUGUGGAAGCGCUCUCCACCAGCAUGAUCCUCCAGAUGUUCCUCCAGCAGACGUUGCAGGAGGGUGUUCUGGCGCCCCGGCACCGCGAGCAGCUCAGGACGGCGUUCGCCAAGGCAGAGGUGGUAAUCAUCCUGCUGCACGAAGGCAUGCUUGUCGACCCAGAAUUUGCAGGCAUGAUGCUAAACAUCCAGGAAGAAGAUGGAAUGGAUGGCUCCGCCAGUGCCAGCGUCGGGGUUUCCCUCAGCAUGGGGAAGUCCUUGUCUAAUGGGAGCGAUCGAGCUACCAGGAGACCCCAGCUUUGGCAGAGUCUUGUCACUGUCAGUGCUGACUCCAGCUUCACCUUCCCAGGGCACGAGUUCUACUCAUCUCUGGCAGCACAAGGCCUGGGCAGUGGCAGUGAGUUUGAGCACGACGGCCCGAAGCUGUGCGACGCCUACAAAACGAUCUUUAAAAAGAUCGCCUUGCCCCUGAGUGCGCACGCCUCAGAAAGCUUGAUCGUCCACCAGGUGAAGGAAAUUAGCCAGCGUGUUGCCAGUGUGCUGGACGGCGGUGGGCUCAUGGGCAAAACUCUGACAGACAGAAUCCGGGAGCGGCGGAAUUCGCAGCAUUCAUCGGGAUCCCAAUCCCAAAGCAAGCGUCCUGCUCAACUCGACUGGUUGUCGCCACGCUCCGAUCUGGAAGAGAGCCGCAGUUUGGACAUCUUGCCGGAGUUUGGGCCUAUACCGUCCAUGGACAGCAGCCUAUUCCAAACUGGAGCCAGCGUUCCAGAAGAGGGCGUGUGUGCUGACGCUACCUCCUUGCAGGGAUUGGAUGAUGAGACUCCAGGCGCUCUGGGAGCCCUUUUCAUGGAGGAGCAACUUGAACGCCAUAGAUUCUGACGAUUCUAGAGUCCACCAAGUGGAUAUCCGGUGAAGCACUUCGUUGUAAUCGGCAUUGGCCAAUCCCAACGACCGUCAGUUCCGGCAAGUGCCGUUCACCGGUCGUUGACACUUGUCUCCCUUCCAGAGAGCGGGCGAGCGGGCACGCGAGCGGUCAUUCUGAC